CUCUUCUUCAUCCAAGCUUCUCAACCCAGACUUGGAUGCCCUCCCUUGAGGGGCCCUGCAGCUCAAUCUCACGAUUUGUCAACCAAUACUUCAUCAUUACUUUGAGCAAAUAUAGAGCCGAAUAAACACAUCUAACUUCAAGUUUGCCGCGCGAUGGACUCGCGUUCAGUGGAUAUGGAUGAGUUGAUGGAAUGGCCAAAGAAGGACAAUCGCCGCUUUUUACGUGCUGAGUAUCGCGUGGCAGACCUUGAUCGCGCCAUUAAGUUUUACGAAGAAUGUUUGGGGAUGAAACUUCUGAGGAAGAGAGACAUUGAAGAGGAGAAUUACUCGAGAGCUUUCCUGGGAUUUGGCCCCGAAGAAUCACAUUUUGUGGCAGCAUUAACAUGCAAUUAUGGAGCGGAUAAGCUUGAGAUUGGGACUGGUUUUGGCCAUUUUGCUAUUGCAAACACAGAUGUUUACAAAAUGGUUGAAAAUAUAAGAGCCAAGGGUGGCACCAUCACCAGGGAGGCCGGUCCAAUCAAGGGUGGAAAGACUGUCUUUGCCUUUGUGAAAGAUGUCGACGGCUACGCUUUCGAGCUAAUCCAAAGACCUAUUCCUCAGCCACUCUGUCAAGUAAAUCUCAACGUGUGCGAUCUUGAUCGCGCUGUCAAGUUCUACGAAAAAGCUUUGGGGAUGAAAUUAUUGUACAAGUUUGAUAGGCCACAAGAGAGGUUUACAGUGGCCUUGAUGGGUUAUACCAACGAAUUCGACACAGUUUUAGAGCUGAAAUAUGACUAUGGUGUCACGGAAUAUACCAAAGGAAAUGGAUACGCACAGGUUGCCAUAACCACAGACGACGUAUACAAAAGUGUUGAGGUUGUGAAGGCAGUUGCUGCAGAGCUUGGAGGAACAAUCACUCAUUAUCAACCUCCUGAAAUCAACAUGAAGGUCCUCUCGUUUCAAGAUCCAGAAGGAUGGAAAAUUAUUCUUGUUGACAAUGAAGAUUUUCUGAAGGAACUGAAGAAGUGACUGCAUAAUAGAAAAUGAGAGAGAGAGAGAGAGAGAGAGAGAGAGAGAGAGAGAGAGAUCAGUACGUAUUUCAGAUAUGAAUCACUUAAAGUUUAUGCAAAUACAUCAUCUGGCUGUAUGAAUAUAACUUAGUUUAUGCAAUAAUUCAGA